UUACAAUUAUGUGCGCUACCUUAUGAUGUUGUCUGCAACUUGACAUAUUAUUUGCCUAGAGAGCAUAUAAACAAGUAAUUAUGCAUUCAAGCAGAAAAAGUUUGCAGCAGAUUUUCCAUGGGUGAUAUGGUGUUUGGAAACAUGUAUAUAUAUGUAGACAGAGCCUCUGAUUUACCUUGUACAUUCUGGUUUAUAUGGACAAGGAACGUAAAAGUGUUAGUUUUGGAAUUCGUUUCCUUAUCAAUUUCAUUCGAUAUCUGUGGAGACAAUUAAAAAAAGAAUGUUUUAUGCCAUUACUCUUUAUCUUAUUACUUAUUAUAAACGCCGGUUUUUAUGAAUAUGCUGCUUACCAAAUUGGAUUGAUUGCAUCAAAUUUCUUUGCUGCACUGACUACUAAACAUUAUGAUCGAUUUAUAUGGACAUUAAAAUUGUCAAUUAUGUAUAUAUUUAGUGGUUCUUUAGCAUUAGGUGUACAAAAUAUGGUCAUGGGACAUUUAUCACUUAUCUUACGUGAAGUUUUAACAAAAAAUUUACAAAAUGUUUACUUGAAACGAAGAAAUUUUUAUGCUCUAAAUACACUCAUCGAUUUAGACAAUCCUGAUCAACGAAUUACUCAAGAUAUUAAUGUAGUCUGUGAUCUACUCACUAAAGUGAUUGUCUCGGUAGCUUUAAAUCCCCUAUUGAUUAUAUUCUACACAUAUAUGUGUGUAAACAAAGCUGGUUGGUUAGGUCCAAUCUCAGCGUAUAUCCUAUUUGCUAUAUUUGCUUUGAUUACUCGAUAUUUCGCCUCUUGGAGUUCGUCAGCAUCAUAUGAACAUCAAAAACAGGAAGGAAAUUUCAGAUUUAUUCAUACUAAACUACGAUGUUCAGUUGAAAGUGCUGCAUUUCUUAAUUUUGGUGAAUCGCUUAAUGUCAUUGCAUCGAAUUCAUUCAAUCAAUUAUUUCAUGCUAUACGAGUUUUUAUUAAUCGAAAUUCUGUUGUAUUCUAUUUAACUCGACUUAAUGCUUAUUGUGGUGGUGUACUAAACUAUGUUGUGCUUGGCAUCGUCUUGUUCAAUGGUCCAAUUCGAGAAAUGUCAGCUUCUGAAAUUACUGUUUUAAUUAGUCAGACAAGUUUCUUCCUACUUUAUCUUAUUAAUAAACUGACAAAAUUAAUCGACUUGUCGAGUGAUAUAUCCCAACUUGUUGGUGUCGGACACAGAAUUUUAAAUCUUGACACAUACUUACAAGAUAUCAAUUUAUAUCAUACACCAGCGGAAUAUCUCGCCUCUAGUCGUACUCAGUGGUUAUUUGUCAAAUCAAAAACAUUCAGCCCUGUUCAUGACGUAAUCGGUGGAUAUGGUGAUGAAUCACUGCAAAGUGAUGUUGUUUUUCAAAUCGAUCAUUUGUCAGUAUGUGUGCCGUCAAAUCCAAAUAACAUUUUAAUUCAUGAUUUGAGUUUAACGCUUCGACGAAAUGAACCGCUACUUAUUACUGGUCCAAGUGGUGUCGGUAAAACAGCAUUAUUUCGUGUAUUAGCCGGUCUAUGGCCUGGUCUAAUUACCACACAACAAUCUAAUCAUAAUCAUGAAAAAAAUAAUAAUGAUGAUGAUAAUAAUAAUGCCAUCAAUGAUUCAUGUAAUUUCUUUUAUUCAAAUGAUUUACGUAUUAUUUUUAUACCUCAAGAAUUUUAUAUUCCAUGGAGUACAAUUCCAUUGACUGAUUUUCAUCAUCGAUUACUUACUGAGUUAACACCGUUUAUUGAAUUACAUUCAUGUGAAGUACAAUCAGUCUACAGGGAAUUACAUUUAUGCUAUUUAUUAUUGAAUACAGCGAAUGCUUUAAUAAAUAGUCAGCCAUUAUCAGACUGGGAAAAUAUUUCGAGGAAAAUAUCAACUAAUGUUCAUGAGCAAAACGCCAGCUGUAAUUCACCACAAAAAUCAAUGAACACUAAAUGUUUACUAAACAAUUAUAAUCUCGAAUCGUUUGAAAAAGCCUUGGAUCUUCUUGUAGAAUUUCGUCUUAUCAAAGCAGAACAAUGCAGUCUAUUGAAAACAAUUUUAAAGUCCUACUAUCAAGAUGAUGAUAAGCAUUGUCAAGAUAUUGUUAAAAUAUACAAUCACAGUUGUCUGCCGUCUUUGUUAACUGAGAUUUGUUAUUCUGGUUGUCGAGUUAUACCACCGGAUAGAAAAGACUAUGGAUUUGAUCAACACAUCAAUUAUUCACCUGGAGAAAUGCAACGGUUAACAAUAGCAGCCGUAUGCUUUUAUCAACCUGAUGUUGUAUUCAUGGAUGAAUCGACAAGUCAGUUAAGCGCAAAUGAUGAAUUUCAAGCCUAUACAAGUCUUUCAAGACGUCAAAUUACACCAUUUUCAAUUGGACAUCAUAGUUCUGUUCGACAGUAUCAUACAAUGGAAUUACAAUUAACACCCGAGGAUUAUUCACUAAUCAGUGAGACUGCUACAACUCUACCUAAAGGCUGGAAAUUAGUUAGAAUUGAAUAAAUAAAUAAAUAAAUAAAUAAAUGUGUGUACAUAUGCGGUCCGAAUCCUUUUGUAUAAAAUACUCUAAAGGGAUGUCGUUGCGUAUGACUUCCCUUUUUUAACGAAUUUCAUUCACAUUAUCGCUUUCAGAUUAUCUGAAUAACCUUUGCAUAUUUGUAUUUCCAUAUAGAAUUUAGUUAUUUUUGUUUUGUCUGUCUGUCUGUACAAUUUUCUGUUGUCGUUGUGUUGCUGUUGUUUUUCUUUUUUCAUACAAACAUUUUAUGCUUCUGAUUAUAAAAAUCAAAUGAUUGACACAAAAGUGGCUCGCUCGUAUAAUAAUUUCUUCCUCAAGUCUUAAAUAUAUGUCAGAGGCAAUCGAUGCGAAUUCCCUCAUAAAUACACUUAAAGGACAAGGUUUAUUGUCAAAAAAAACAACAACAAAUGAAUGUAAAUUCUGAGCAAAGAAAAGAAGAAAUAUUGGCGCAGAAUAAUCUGGAUCCAUUUUAUCUAGUUGGUUCUCAUCAACUGAGUACGACCUGAAUUCUUUAAUAAAUUAAAAAAGUGUACAAUUUUAACAACACUUUGUCCAUUAGCAAGCAUAUUGUCAGAGCGUCAUAAUAAAAUAAGGC